GGAAGCGCCAUCGGGAAUCGAUCGGAGCCAGCCAUGUCACUCGCAGCUUCUCUCAAUAUUCCGGUAGCUAAAGUCGUCUUCCUCUCGAAUUCGCCGCUUUCUCUUCCCAAUUCUACCAAGCUUUCCUUCGUAUCUCUUCCCAGACGCCCAAACAGAGUUUGUUCGGUUAACUCUUCUUCCCACAACUCUUACUCUAUCCAACCAGAUGAGUUAGAAGACUUUGUUAUCGGCGAUUGCGUUAUCUUCGAAGACGGCGUGUUUGACGACCCGUAUGUGUUGGAUGAUUCGAAUGCGGAGCAUUACAGUCCGCGAACAACGAAGUCUAAGACAAAGAAUGGCGUUGUGGAAAUUAAGCCCGAAAAUCUGGUGCCGGAUGAGUGGAAAGAAGUGCAAGCGGAGAUUAACAUCACCAAGAAAGAGAGGCGGAAGAUUGCUCAGGAAUUGGAGUUUGGUACUCGAGUUGAGAAGAAGAAGCAAGGGCUUGUUCCUUUGAGGAGUGUGAAUUUGGAGGAGUAUUUGUCGUUUAAGGAGGCCAAGUUGGCGCAGUUGAAGCCACUUGUUCUUGAUAAUCCUUCUAGUUUCCCGGAGACUGAGGAAGUUAACAGCGCGGAAGGUGUUAAGGAAGUGAAAGGAGGCGAAAUGAGCGGGUCGAGCGAGCGUGUGGCGCCAAAAAAUCCCAAGUGGGCGGUUUAUGGUAGGGGUCUGGAGGAUGUUUCAGAAUUCUUUAACAGUGUACAAUAUCAACCUGCUGAUAAAAAAGCUGAAGGACCUCGCAAGUUAUUUUCAAAAGAGGAAAAGGCUAUGCUGAAUAAAAGGGUGCCUGAUCUUGCUUCUGCUCACUCUGACAUGUGGUUGCCUCUACAUACUCUUGUCGGAUCUGGCGAAUUUUACCUUGUAGAUGAACUACUGAAAAACAAUGUUGAUAUCAAUGCCAUGGACAAGGUUGGUUUCACAGCUCUUCACAGGGCCAUAAUUGCAAAAAAGCAAGCCAUAACUAAUUAUCUUUUACGAGAAAGUGCUAAUCCUUUUGUUCGUGAUAAGGAUGGGGCAACUUUGAUGCAUUAUGCUGUCCAAACUGCUUCGAGUAUGGCAAUUAAAGUUCUUCUAUUAUAUAAUGUUGAUAUAAACCUUCAGGAUAAACAUGGGUGGACGCCGCUGCAUCUUGCUGUUCAGGCUCGUCGAACAGAUGUAGUCAGGCUUCUAUUAAUUAAAGGAGCUGAUAAGACACUAAAAAAUGUGGAAGGGUUAACCCCAUUGGACAUUUGCCUCUGUUCUGGUCAAGACACAAAAACUUAUGAACUAAUAAAGCUGUUGAAACAGCUUCCAAAGCCAAGUAAACUGCCUUCAUGACAGAGAUGAUUAGUUGAGUAACUCUUGCUUACGCUCUGGUAGAUCGCCUAUCAUCAUGUUUGGUAUGCCAUAGUUGUCCGAGUUCCAUAUUGGCCGUGCGACUGUUCAACAUUGGGUUCUUUGCUAGAUCAUUCUAUCAGAGCAAAUAGCACUAUGAAAGUGACAUCAUCGCAAACCGAGCUAGAAACAUGUCUCUGCGUGAGCUUUCCCGCAGAGCAAAUGCAUCUAUAUCAAUAACCGACUGAUGAUUAUGGCAUGGGAGGCCCGAUGAGUAUCAUAUUCAUCUUUCUUUUUAUGUUGAAAGUUGUAAUAACCCCUUCCCUUUCUUUUGUAUCUGUUGUAACUAAUCAAAAUCUUGAAGUAUAUACACGUUUUAUUGACAUAAGUUAUGAACUUAAUGGAUGAA